UGAAGACGAAACGCACAAAGGAGACGCUCUCUGAUAAAGUUCACUUUUUAAAAUUUUGAAUCCCUCCCAAUUAGACACAUGACGUCAUAGUUUCUAAGUGGGGUGUCACUUUAUUCUAAUCUUGCAAAAGUGCUGAGUGGAUGCCUUUGGAGGAACAGGUGGCGCACGCCCCCACCUACCCCACCCCGACCCCAGACUGCCUUCAUUUGUUCAAUUAGCAGCGAUACUCACUCACUCGGUACCUGGACCGUCUUCAGUAGGGGACACCCAGCCCGCGAAGGUGCGCACAAGAGACGCCGGCGAGGACGCAGCCAUGCCGGUAGCCGACUGCGACGUGCCGUUGGAGGGGACCAGCAGUCGCUGGCUGGAGGGGAGCAGCAGCAGCAGCGGCAGCAGCACCCAUGAGGGCAGCAGCGGGGCCGAGGGCAUCCUCCCGGCCUCGCUGUGCAGCCCAGCCGCCGACAUCCUGAAAAACUUUUACCACACCAAGCGGGUAGGCAACUACCUGAUUGGCAGGAAGCUGGGAGAGGGCUCCUUCGCCAAAGUCAGGGAGGGUCUCCACGCUCUCACCGGGGAAAAGGUGGCGGUGAAGGUGAUCGACAAGCGCAAGGCCAAGAAGGACUCGUACGUCACCAAGAACCUGCGGCGCGAGGGCCACAUCCAGCAGAUGAUCCGCCACCCCAACAUCACACAGCUUCUGGACAUCCUGGAGACGGAGAACAGCUACUACCUGGUGAUGGAGCUGUGCCCCGGCGGCAACCUCAUGAACCGCAUCUACGACAAGAAACGGCUGGACGAGCGCGAGACACAGAAGUACAUCCGGCAGCUGGUGCUGGCCGUGGAGCACCUGCACAGGGCGGGCGUGGUCCACAGAGAUCUGAAGAUAGAAAACCUCCUGUUGGAUGAGCAGGACAACAUAAAGCUCAUAGACUUUGGACUGAGCAACUGCGCCGGCAUCCUGGGAUACUCUGAUCCAUUCAGUACCCAGUGUGGAAGUCCCGCCUACGCCGCUCCUGAACUGCUCUCCAGGAAGAAAUAUGGACCCAAAGUGGACGUUUGGUCCAUUGGGGUGAACAUGUAUGCCAUGUUGACGGGGACGCUUCCCUUCACCGUGGAGCCCUUCAGUCUGCGGGCCCUGCAUCAGAAGAUGGUGGACAAAGAGAUGAACCCUCUACCUCCAUCGCUCUCCACAGCCGCCAUCUGCCUUCUGAAGAAGCUCUUAGAGCCGGACCCCAACAAGCGGCCCAACAUCCACCAGGUGAUGGCGGACUCCUGGCUGCAGCUCGCCAACAAGAACACAGGGGCACCGUACCUCAACAGGAUCCACAUUGAGGAAAUCAACCACACAGUGUUGCUGCACAUGACGGAGAAGAUGGCGUACAAGCACAGUGAGGUGCUGAGCGCCGUGCUCACCAACCGCGCCUGCCACACUCUGGCUGUCUACUUCCUCCUCAACAAAAAAAUGAAGAGGCUGUCCAAAGAGUACAGGGAGAUGCAGUUCCAGGAGAAGAAGAAAGGAGACAAGCAGAAAAACGAAUAUUUCCAGACGCAGUGGAGGAAGCACGUGGACAAGCUCACCAUCCCGCCGAAACAGACGCCCGUCUACCUGGCGGUGAGCAAGGGACCCACCAAGGAGAAGAAGCACCGCACAGGUCUGUUACGUGCUAUAACUGGUGGCCAUCGUAACUCACCCCUGGCUCCGCCCGGCACCGUGGCCUCCUCCUCUAUGGAAUACCUGGAGAUCCAGCCCCUCUUCUCCAACACGCCGCAGCAGCGGAGGCGCCUAGCCACGCUCCCGCCGGUCAACACCAGUCCGGAGCACAACAUCCCCGCUCCGCCAGCGCCGUCGCCCAUCGGCAUGCACUCCUUCGGCUCCCUUUCCAAAGCCGAGCAAAUAGAGGACACGCCGGUGUCGCCGUGGUACAAGCUGACCAACGGGACUCUGUCGCCACCUCGCCAUGUCUCCGCCUUCCAGCCGGACUCCUCCUACUUGAAGAAGGCCACAAUCCCCAGUCCUCCCGUACUCAUCGUCAACCCGCAGCCAAAGAAGAGUAUUUCCACCGACUGGUGCGGCUCCUCCGACACCAGCGGCAGCCCUCCCAGCACCAUCGGAAGCCCGGCGGGCAGUUCGGCCUUCAGCCCGCCCAAGUCCGCCUUCAGCGCCCUCAACCCCUCGUCUGCGUUCAGUCCCCCGUCCAACAGCAGCAGCAGCGACCCCGACAGCCCCACGCACCGCAGCAAGUUCCCCUCCAUGGGGAUUGGACAGAUGCUGAAGAAGAAGGUCCAGCUGCAGCCAUUCACCUUCCGACCAGAACAGGUCGUGGAGGAGGUGGUGUCCCCGCCUCCUUACCCCAUGCAGACGCUCCUUUGCGCUUCAGGUGCACUCAAGACCCUCUGCUAACAAGCCACGCCCUUUUAACAUCUCAUUUGGACGUAAGGUCUUUAAAAACUGUGAACUGUCUCUUUUUAUUGCCAGUGAGCCACUUUGAUUUGAAAAUGGUUCUCGAGGUGACGUCAGGAUAGUGAGAUUUGGAACGCAUCCCGAAGCAAUGACUCAAAUGUCCUAGAUAGAGUGGACAGAGGACACCAUGUACACACGCACACACACACUGUAUUAUACACUGAGUUAUGUAAUAAUUAAGUGGUUACUUACUGAGCCGCAGACUGAUUCACACCAGCUAAACGACCCAGCUCUUCCCCGAACCCUGAAUACUCGUCUAUGCGUUUUGUGUCGUCUGUGAAAUAAUUUUUAAAAACUCUUUGAACGGACCUCCAGCUCAGCCGGCACCGUCGUAUUCCUCAGCGCUGACUGGAAGGCCGAGCUCGCUGCACUAGCCUGGGAAAACCAAAAUGUCUCGGAAUCAGAGUGUUUAUCACCUUUUACCUCACGCUCGACUGUAACGACGCCCGAGCGUUUUGAAGAUGAAGUAGGUGCCAAGUCUUUUCGUUGUCGUAGCAAACUUGAUACAGUAAUUACGGACUUUUUUAUACCAGAGUGCUUCCGCUUCUGCUCCACACUGGGAAUGUCCAUUAGUACACCAGUACUUUUUCAGGAUGAACAUUUCAAAAAAACAUUUCUGUAAACACAUUCGCAAACUGUCAAGUGCAUGCCAACCCUAAUCCCUAACUCUUAAGGGCAUGUUUGCCAAUCAAAAGCCAGAAGAAAGCCAUUUCGGGAAAAGACACAAUGGCAAUCGUCAAUGUGGAAAAGAAGACUCUUUUGUGUAUCAAGGUUGAUUAUAAAAUCCACAAAACAAGUCAAGUAUGAGGUUAGCAUUGAGUUCUACGAACAAAUGCUGAAAAAUGCAAAUGCAUGUGAAUGAAAGGCCAAAACACAAAAAUAUAAAAAACAUACCAAUGUUCUUGUGGAAAUCUGUCUCGCAUGUUUCUAGUCACUUUUAAAGAAAAACAAAAACAUGAAAAAUACAGUGUAUCCUCGUUUUUCAUCAUUAAUUCGUUCCGAAAGGUGAGAGGAAAACCAAACACACAAAAACCAGAGCAAUUUUUCCCAUAUGAAAUAAUGUAAAUCCAAUUAUUCCAUUACAGACACAAAAAUAUGAGCAAAAAAGAGAAUAAUACUGGUUGUACAUGCAGAAAACUGUGAAAUAAUUACAAAUGUGGAAUGAAACGGAACGUAUUGUGGAUGUGGACUUCCUGAUGAGAUCGAAUUCAAUAUUGUUUCUCACCUUCGUUAUCACAGUAAAAAGCAACUUCCUUUGGCCCCAUGGCAGGUUAAUUAGCAGCUGUACUCGAUAAAAAAUGCAUGCGACGCAUAGGGUGCUUUGUUUGGGCACUCCAUUUCGCGGAGCGAUAGAGUACAGGCCAAACAGACUAGUUUGAUAUGUGCAAUACUGUACAAAAACAGAGGCAAAAUGUUUGCGAAAAUGUUCGACAAAAACCAAGUGUAGACUGUAUAACAAAAAUAAUUGAGCCUUACAAAACUGGACCGACCUCGAGAAAAUGGUGAGACAAUGUUGGAAAAAAAAAGAAAACAGAACCGCAAUCCACUUCCUUUUGUCUUAAUGCUGUAGUUUGUGCAAUAGUCUUAAGUGUUACUCCAACUAACGAGUGUUUGCCAAGAUUUCGCUGAGAGAUGUAAAAAGAAAAUGUAAAUAGCAGUAAGACUUCUAUGUUCCCGUCAUUCGUCUCUACGAAGCCAUCUUAUGUUUUGUUCAAGUGUUUUGGGCUUCUUUAGCCACGCCGGGCGUCGCACUGUUACAAAAAUUCCAGUUUAAAAGUUGCAUGCAAUGUUGUUACUGUCAGCAUUUGAAAUGAUUUCAUGAAGAAAUUACAUGAAUUAUUACGUCUUUGUACCUUUUUUUUGGUGCGGGUUCAUACAGAGAUUGCUACUGGAGGGGAGUUCUUUUGUAAGAUUUUGUAAUGGAUGGUUUUGUUUGUUUGUCAAGAGAUUUCUAUGCUGUAAAAAGUUAUUUUAAAUAUUUAUA